CUCAUACAAUGAUGAGAGACAAUAAAACGAAUGACAUGCCGGCUCAGACGUCGCCCGGCCAAACAAGAUACGUUACCCACCAUGGAAAAGACGGUUGGAGGCUAAGAUCAAGGCGGCCCGGAAAGAUGUGAGUCAAUUGACGGAGGCCCAGAGAGGUGUGAUGAAAAGGCCGAUACCCGAGAGGUACAUCCAGAUGGCCAUACCUGAAGCACUCAAAACUGCCAAACAAAGGCUCCAAGCCUUGUCCAGUCGCCUAAAGCGGUACACGAAAGAGAAUGAGGCCAGACGAAUAAACAGGCUGUUCGCAACACAACCUGCGAAAGUGUACGCUCAGUGGCAGGGUCCUAACAACAGAGCUGACCCACCAAGACUGGAAACUGAAAGGUACUGGAAAGGCAUAUGGGAGAAGGACGUAUCACAUAACAGCAGUGCACAAUGGCUGGUGACCCUGAGAGAGGAACACAGCAACCUCCCUGAACAGAACCCGGUUACCAUAACAGUGGCAGACAUACAGGAAAGAGUCUCAGAUAUGAAGAACUGGACAGCACCAGGCCCGGACAUGGUCCACACUUACUGGCUAAAGAAACUCACAGCACUCCAUGAGCGCCUACCAGUACAAAUGAACCAGCUGCUGAGGGAUGGGACUCACCAAGAAUGGCUAACCGAAGGGCGAACGAUCCUGAUCAUGAAGGAUCCCUCGAAGGGUGCAGCCCCAUCCAACUAUCGGCCAAUAACCUGUCUCUCCACAACAUGGAAGCUCAUGUCAGGCAUCAUUGCGGCUAAGAUAAGUGGACACAUGGAUCAAUACAUGAACGAAGCACAGAAGGGCAUUGGUAGAGAUACCAGAGGAGCCAAACAUCAGCUCCUGGUUGACAGAACAGUCGCACAAGACUGCAGGUCCCAACGUACCAACCUGUGCACAGCUUGGAUUGAUUACAAGAAAGCCUAUGACUCGAUGCCACAUACAUGGAUCACUGAAUGCUUGGAGUUGUAUAAGGUGAACAGGACCCUAAGAGCCUUCGUUGCGAACUCGAUGAGGAUGUGGAAAACCACACUUGAAGCCAAUGGCAAGCCACUUACCCAAGUGUCCAUCAAAUGUGUCAUAUACCAAGGUGAUGCACUCUCCCCACUGCUGUUCUGCAUAGGACUGAACCCCCUAAGCCAAGUAAUCACCAAGACAGGCUAUGGAUACCGCCUCAGAAAUGGAGCUACAAUCAGUCACCUCCUCUACAUGGAUGACAUAAAGCUGUAUGCUAAGAGCAAAAGGGACAUAGAUUCCCUGAUCCACACAACCAGGAUCUACAGCAACGACAUCGGGAUGUCAUUCGGGCUUGAGAAAUGUAGUCGGAUGGUGACUAAGAGAGGAAGGCUAGUCCGCACUGAAGGGGUCUCACUCCCUGAAGGAACAAUAGCAGACAUUGAGGACAUCUACAAGUACCUUGGUAUACCACAAGCCAAUGGCAACCUCGAACUGGCAACAAGGAAAGCGGCUACGGCCAAAUACCUCCAGCGAGUGAGGCAAGUCCUAAGAAGCCAGCUCAAUGGCAAGAAUAAGACCCGGGCAAUAAACAGCUAUGCCCUGCCAGUGAUCAGAUACCCUGCAGGAAUAAUAAGGUGGCCAAAGGAAGAGAUUCAGACCACGGAUGUUAAGACCCGAAAGCUCCUAACCAUGCAUGGAGGGUUCCAUCCCAAAUCCAGCACCCUGAGACUGUACGCAAGCCGAACGGAUGGAGGCCGGGGACUAGUGAGUGUGAGAGCCACUGUCCAGGAUGAAACAUCCAAGCUCCAUGAAUACAUCAAGGAGAAGGCUCCAACGGAUGACGUACUCAGAGAAUGUCUCAGACAAUGGGGAACAGAAGAUGAGGCGCUGGAAGAGGGACCAUCAUGGGAGGACAAGCCCCUACACGGGAUGUACCGCCGGACCAUAACUGAAGUGGCUGAUCUCAAGAAGUCCUAUCAGUGGCUAGAGAGGGCUGGCCUGAAGGACAGCACAGAGGCACUCAUCCUGGCUGCUCAGGAGCAGGCCUGGAGCACCAGAGCCAUCGAGGCCCAGAUAUACCACACCAGACAAGACCCAAGGUGUAGGUUGUGCAAAGAGGAACCUGAGACGAUCCAACACAUAACUGCAGGGUGUAAGAUGCUGGCAGGGAAAGCCUACAUGGAACGCCAUAACCAGGUGGCUGGCAUAGUCUACCGGAACAUCUGUGCGGAGUAUGGACUGGAAACCCCAAGGUCAAAAUGGGAAACACCUCCGAAGGUGGUGGAGAAUGACAGAGCGAAGAUCCUGUGGGACUUCCAGAUCCAGACUGACAAGAUGGUAAUGGCGAACCAACCAGAUAUCGUGAUCAUAGAUAAAGGGCACAGGAAAGCCGUUGUAGUGGAUGUAGCGGUCCCAAGUGAUGGAAACAUCAGGAAGAAGGAACAUAAGAAACUUGAGAAAUACCAAGGGCUCAGAGAGGAGAUGGAGAGAGCCUGGAAGGUAAAGGUGACAGUCGUGCCUGUGGUGGUCGGAGCACUCGGGGCGGUGACCCCCAAACUAGAUGAGUGGUUGCAACAGAUCCCGGGAACAACAUCGGACAUCUCAGUCCAGAAAUGUGCAGUGCUGGGAACAGCAAAGAUACUGCGCAGAACCCUCAAGCUUCCUGGCCUCUGGUAGAGGACCCGAGCUGAAUGAGGGACGGACACCACCCGAGGGGUGAGAUGAGGAUUU